UUCUUCAGCGCAUGCGCAGUGAACCAACGUUACUUCACGGACGCGGCCUCCAGUCCGCUGACCCUCUCAGGUACCGGUGAGCCUCUCAGGUACCGGUGAGCCUCUCAGGUACUGGUGAAUCUCCGGUACCGGACGAGACCAGUUGUUUCACAAGCUAACUGCUACAUGCUAAGUGUUAGCCGCUCUCCAGUGUGCUGUACACACAAGCUAACCAGAAGCUAACCUUAGCUUGUUUUGGUUUGGAAGCUGACUGAAGCGUCAGGUAGCGUCCAGGUGAACAAAACUCAGGUUUAUGCGUCGGGUGUCCAGUCCUCCCUGCAGCGCUCCCUAAAACCACAGAAGAAGAAGAAGAGGCAGAGGAAGAUGUCAGAAAGGGGAGGAGCUUUGUCUCUGGACGACUGCCGCUGUCCGGUGUGUCUGGAGAUCUUUAUAGAGCCUGUGACUCUGCCCUGCACACACACCUUCUGCAAGGCGUGCUUCCUGCAGGCCGUCGACCAGGCCUCCCUCCUCUGUCCUCUGUGCAGACGGAGGAUUUCUGUUUGGUGUCGUCUCAACAACAGGAACAACACACUGAUUAAUGAGAAGCUGUGGACCUCCAUCCAGAACGCCUUUCCCCGUCAGUGUGAGAGACGCCUCAGAGGACAGGAGGGGCGGGAGAACCCCGAGGGGGCGGGGCAAGAGAACCCAGAGGAUGACCUAGGAGUGUGUUUUCCCAGGGUCUGUGAGCCUGGAGAGCUGAGGCAGGAGUACGAGGAGCAGGUCAACAAACUGACGGAGGAGAGGCGAGCUCUGGAGGAGGAGGAGAAGAGGGCGAGUGAAGAGUUAAUUCAGCGUCUGCUGGCUGAAGAGGAGGUGGAGCUUCAGGAGGAGACGAAGAGGAGAGAUGAGGACGAGAGGCUCGCCAGACACCUGAGUACCCAGCUGAACUCUGCAGUCUCUCAGGGAGACGCUCGUCCUGCUGACGCCACUUUACCAAAGAAGAAGAAGAAGGAAGUCGUCUCGGGACAGAUCGAGAAGUUCUUGUCUCCUCGUCCCUCCAGCAGCAGCUCCUCAGACUGCAGCUUUACGUCCAACAAGGAGAACAUCCUGUUCCCUCAGCUGGACUCUCUCAGAGACACAUCAGGACCUCCUGAGGAGGAGCAGCUGCGCCCAGGGGGAGGAGCUUCAUGUGCCAAGAGGAAGAGCCAGGAGAUGCUAGAGGAGGAGGAGGAGGUGAUGGCCACCAAACAAGUCUGUGUGCCCUCUUCCUCAGGGCUGCAGGGCGUGGCUGAGUGGGAGGUGGAGCUGCUGAGCAGACGGCAGCAGGAAGAGGAGGACCGGCGUCUGGCUCUGCUCCUGCAGAAGGAGCUCGACCAGGAGGAGCGUCUAAAAGCCACCGACCGAAGAAAAGGAUCAUCUGACGCUUACCCCCUCCGCCAGGACCGCAGGAGCAAGGAGGAGGCCGACAGGAGGACAGGACACGCCUCCUCCUCGUCCUCCAGCAGGACGAAACAGAAAACUCUGACAGAGAUGUUCUCCAGCCUCAACAACUGACAUGUUAGUCCCUGAAGUAUCCGCUGUGUUCAGGUCCUGGGACAGGAACAGGAGAGGACUCUUCAGUCAUGUGACCAAACAUGACUAAUGACAUCAUCUUGAUUUGUGUAUGAACAUAGCAGAAAGUGUCUUCACCAGGUCACAUGAUGGAGUGAAACAUGAUUCUGAAAGUUAAAACACGUUUUUUUUACAUUUCUUGCCUGGAGAAAAAUCAUAUCGAGCCUGUUUGUGUUUUAGGAGAAUUUAAUAAAAUCUACAUUUACUCUUCCUCCACUGUU